AUGGCUAGAAGAAUGAAUACCGACAAAAGCAGUGUGAAGUACACGCGCAUGACUGACACAGGAGAUGGCUACAUAGACUUACAGUUCGCAAGAAGACCCACCAAAGUUCCCUGGAAGUCCAUCGGAGUGGCCUGCCUCCUCAUGGCCAUGGGCACCACCCUACUGACCAUCGGUGCCCUGCUGGUGACGGGACACAUUGACACUAAGUACCAGGACAGGAUGUGGCCGAUACUGGUACUCGGCACGCUGCUGUUCAUUCCGGGGUUCUACCACGUCAGGCUGGCAGUGUACGCCUACAGGGGUUACCAGGGAUAUUCGUUUGACGACAUCCCAGACUACGAUGACUGA